AUGUCGCUGCCACCCGCGCUCGUCCUCGCUGUGCUGCUCUCUCUCACCUGCAGCGCCGUCGCCGGCCGCCACCUGCUUCAAACCGCCGGCAACACUUUCUACCACGCGACGUCUAGCAUGUGCUCUACGGGAAAAAUGACUGCCUCGCUCACGCUGGAUGCUAACGUCACAUCCACAGACCAAGUUACCAACUUCACUAUCCGCAUUUCAAACGCACCCGUCUCGUCAGCCACAACAAUCACCAAUCCGAAAAUCUACAGCUACGGCACCGGGGCCACAGUGGCCCAGUUCAGCUGCACAUACACGGCGGAUUCGAGAACCAGCAUUUAUACCUGCAAUGUUGUAGAAAAGGUGUCUCUCACUUACGCGUACAAGCCAGUCGGCACCUUGAAGGCGCUGAUCGACGCUGGGCUCCUCAAGAGUCCCUCGCCCUUGCGUGUUUCGGUUCAACUGUACACUACUAAUUUUGUUCUGGGGGGCAAGGCCACGCUGAGUGCUAACGUCAUGGCCACUGUCCAGUCUACCUCCUUCACCAUCACGCUUAUUGGGGUACCCGCGGGGUCGACCCCCACAUUCACCACUCCCGGCUACUAUAACUCCACCUCUGGCGCCCUCGUGGCCGAGUUCCCCUGCACAUUCCAGCUUGACGCAACAAGCGGCAAUUACUACGUCAACUUUGCAGAAAAUGCCACACUCACAACUGCGUAUGAGCCUGUCGGCACCCUCAAGACGUUAAUCGACGCUAAGCUGUGUCAAACUAUAUGUGCUGCAUAUUGUCUAGGCUGUAGUGGGGUAGCCCAUAUGGGGUACAACCCAAUUAGGGUUUACUACUUGUACUCCUGCAUCCUGUUAGUUCACAUCAUUCCUGCUGCUAGAUUCUAA